CAAAAAUGUGCCUGAGGACCUGCAAUCUGAGAUUCAUAAUAUUCUACAAGGGGUUCAAGUUCAUAUAUCAUCUCAGUAUUUUGGACCGCCCUUGGGAAUAUGCAGAUCAAAGAAGCAAACAUUUGAUUUGUGGUGGAUGCAGCCGGAAGAAGAGUUUCCAGUUAGAAAACCAAUUUUCUGUCCUUAGCUG